UUCUUUUGAUUUUCAUAUUUUCCCAUUUCUUUUUCUCCUUUACGUGCCGCCCCAUUCUCUAGAAAAAAAAUUACAGCUACCCACCAUGGCUGUUUUAUCAUCUCUGUUCUAAAAAUCAUUUCUUUUUGGCCCAAAAGUACAUAGCAAAGCCAAAGAUUCUCUCUUUUUCCACAUUUGCUUUCAUUUUCCCUUGCGAUUUUCCUUUUCUUAUUCAAUCUCUCUCUUUCUCUCUGGUCCAAGCUGGAUUGAUAGUAUCACCUUAAUAAUCUCUGUGCUUAGAAAUAAAAAUCUCUUUUUUUUUUUAUUCUUCAGAUUCUUCUUGGAUUUCCAAUUUUCCAACUUUUGAGGAAUUUUUCGACACAAAAAAAAAUGGGAUCUUUAAUGGAAAUUGGAGUACGGAUGAGGAAAUUGGCAAUAGUUUUGAUCAAAGCUUGUUUUAGAUCAGUUAAAUAUCAUCCUUUUCUUGUGGGUAUGGUGUUGUUUUUGAUGUUUAUGUACAGAUCAUUUCCAUUUCUGUUUUCUUUGUUUUUGUCUGCUUCACCUGUUUUGGUCUGUACUGCUAUUUUGCUUGGAACCCUUUUGAGUUUUGGGCAGUCUAACAUACCCGAAAUCGAAAUCGAAAAGGAGGAGAAACUAACACAUGAUGUUGGUUCUCUUAGAGCUGUUGGGGUUUCUGGGAAUGGUACAAUUGUUGUUGAUAAAGAUGAGAGCUUUAUUAUAGAAAGAUAUGUUGAAGAUGAUAGAGAAGGAGUUGGGGUAGGAGUGAAGUCUUUUGAUGAUGAAAGGGUUAGGGUUGAGUUGGAGACUGAUGUUGAUUCACUUGAUCGUGUGCCACUCAUUGAUGAGAGUUCAAGAGAAAUUCAUAGUGAGAUUAAGGGUGAGAUUGAGGAGGAAGAUGAGAGAGAGUUUGUUGAUUUUCAGUUUGAAAUGAAAAAGGAAACUUUUGAGGAGGAAUUGAGAGUUGAAGGGGGUUUGAGUGAUGAGAAAGGUGUUGAGAAUGAGUAUUCUUUGGUUCAAGAUUUGGGGGAUGAGAUUCUUUUGAAGGAAUUCACUAAAUCGCUUGAAGAGUCUCUUAGUGCUCACAAGGAAGAUCACUUGGAGUUGGAGUCCUCUUCGCCUGGUGGUGGCGGUGAUGAUGAUGAUGAAGCUGGUAAAAAUAAGGAUGAGGAUGAAGAUGAGGAUGAGGAUGAUGAUGAUUCCUCGUAUUCGGACUCUGAUAGAGCGGAGAGUUCAUCACCUGAUGCUUCAAUGGCUGACAUAAUUCCAAUGCUUGAUGAAUUACAUCCUCUUUUAGACGAAGAAACGACGCAGGCUCCUCUUAUAUCCCACGAUGAGUCUGAUGGUGCUUCGGAGGACUCUCAUCAUAGUGGUGAUAGUAUUGAGUCUGAUGCAGAAUCUGAAAACCAUAGAGAUGAUGAGGUAGAAGAGGAUGGUGGCGAUGACAAUGAUGAAGAUGAUGAAGAAGAAGAACAACAUGUUGGGAAGGAGGAUGAAAGUAAGUCUGCAAUCAAAUGGACAGAAGAUGAUGAAAAGAAUCUUAUGGACUUAGGGACUUCAGAACUCGAAAGGAACCAACGGUUGGAGAAUCUCAUUGCGAGGAGAAGAGCAAGAAAAAGCUUUAGAUUAUUGGCUGAGAAGAAUUUAAUAGAUUUAGAUAGUGUUGAUCUUCCUUUCAAUGUUGCACCAAUUUCGACAGCUAGACAAAACCCUUUUGAUGCUCCGUUCGAUUCGUAUGAUCAUAUGGGAUUACCGCCUAUUCCUGGCUCGGCUCCUUCAAUUUUGUUGCCAAGAAGAAAUCCAUUUGAUCUUCCUUAUGACUCUAGUGAAGAGAAACCUGAUCUCAAGGGAGACAAUUUCGAGCAGGAGUUUUUGCCUUUUCACCAAAAAGACAUGUUUCGUAGGUAUGAAAGUUUCAGCAUGGGACCGUCGGGGUUGGGAAAUUCGAGACAAGAGAAGCAAAACAUCAAGUGGAAGCCUGUUUUCGUGCCAGAACGAAUGGCUUCAGAAGGAACAAGCUAUCAUCCAUCAUUCCAGAGGCAAUCAAGUGAACUUAGUGAGUCAAAGUUGAGCUCAGUUCCUGAUACAGAUUCUGUGAGUUCAUUGGCUGAUGCAGAUGAGAAGAGACUCAUUAUUGAACAUGAUUUUUCGAAAGAAGAACUACUUUCCACCAUUUACCAGGCUUCUGAUCUUCUCGAACGGGGAAGUCGAUCGUCUGAAGAUGUUGAAUCAGUGGAUAUGGCACAGGCUUCUCAAAGAGAUAUUCAACAUGAUGAUGAUGAAGCCAAAGAUGAUUUAGGGGAAGUGGAAGAUCACCACGAAAUGGAUUCGAAUGUGUCUGAAAGAGGAGAAGCAGCUGCUCAUGUCGAACCAGAACAAGUUGGCAGAGAGGAUUACAGUAGCGGGUCUAGCUUAUCUUCAUUAUCAGAAGUGGAUGAACCAAUAACCGAUAUGAAAAAUGAGGACGAUUCACCAAGUUUUGGGGUCAUUUCAGCAGAACCUUCUUUGGAGGAGAAUCAGAAUAAGGACCCUGUUUAUGAUAUAAGCCCCCCGACGGCUGAAAGGUUACUCUCUUUAUCCUCUGUUUCAUCGGAUUUGCAAGUAGAAAUGUCUGAAGUAAUUAACCCUCCAACCUCAGCAGAAAAUGUUGUUUUGUUUGAAUCCCGAGAGUCACCUGUUUGUGAAGAGAUGGAUUCUUAUUCCCCUAAGGUAGAUGCAGGAGAUGAAAUUCCAUUAGACUCGGGUGAAGUUCUAGCUUCAUCUGGAGAGCCUGAGGUUAUAAAUGAGGAAAGACAAAUUCCUCACGAGCAUGAGAAUGCGAGCUUGUCAACUCGUGAUGUUGAAAUCCCCAUUGCAGUGCUCCAAGAUGAAGAUGUGAAGUUGGAUACAACAGUGGCUUUAAGUGAUCAGAUAUCUUUGGAAGAUCUAGUUUCCACUCCACAACUGGAACAUCAAUCUUCAACUGUUGCUGAGCAGGCGUCGGUUUGUUCCAAUCUGUCUUCUUUAGAGUCUGAAUCUUUUGUGGAACAGCCAGUGGUUCAAGAAGAAAUGGUUCAUCUUGAUCAGGAUCAAAUCCAAUUAGAUUUUUCAUCUGAAAGAUCAUUGGUAGAAGAAGAGACAUUCAAGGAUGAAGUCAUUCAACAUGUAAUCGAGCAAUCUUCGAUGAUCCAUCCAUGUUCUUCCGAGAAUGACCAUAAAUUGGAUCAUCCAACACAAGAAGAAGAAAUUACUCAGGUUGAACAGGACCAACUCCACUCAUCAUCUUCAGAUGCAAACAAUGCCGGUCAAGUCAAGGACUUUGAUGUGACAGAGGCUUCUUCGAGUACUGAUUAUGAAGACAUGGCAUCUGUAGAAAAGUCUCCAUCAGAAUUGGAGAAACAGCAACCUAUGGAUGAAGCAUGUGCUGGUGGUGAUCAUGGUAUUAUUGAUGAACCAGCUGUUAUCGUGGAAAAGACUAACGAGGAGGAUUCAAGCGUUGAGGACAAAGUUUCAACCAACUUACCUUCUGAGACUUCUGAUUCUGCUGCAAUCCCAGCUGACAUUCUUGAAUAUAAACCAUUCUCUAGCGAAAUUGAUCUGAAGAAUGGCAUUCUCGAUGGAACUGAUAAUGAUAACAACACUCGGCUUUUGGUAGAAGAAUAUGUCAAGGAAGAGGUUGAUGAAAUAAAGGAUAUUGAUGAAGAGUUACUGUCUGAGUUGGAUACAGUUGGGGAUUUCAGUGUGAAAGAAUUUGAUGAGCCACCACUCCCUACCGAGCUGAUGCUAGAGCAAGCUAAUGUUGGAAAUACCAGCCCCGAGCUGAUAGAAACAAGCCCGGUAUUACCAGUUCUUGAAGCAAGGUCACUUGAUGAUAUUGAUUUGGCUUUUAAGCAACUUCAUGAGGGAGCAGAUGUUGAGGAAGUGAUUCUUCCUAGUAUAAUUGAGGAGCAAAAGAUUAUGGAAGAACUCAAAAGUUCCGUUGAAACUACUUCUGAAUUGGAAGUUGUUGAAGCUCGAUCUUUGGAUGAUAUUCACACGGCUUUGAAGCACGUCUCUGAAAGUAGUCCCGGUGAGAAUAAAUCAGAAACUGCCUCUAAUGAGCAAGUCAUUGAAGCUCGAUCUUUAGAUGAUAUUCAGGCUUCUGAUGUGCUUCCCCCAACACCCUUGAACUCUGAGAAUAAAUCAGCUGAAGUUGGAGUAAAUGAAGCAAGUUCCCUUGAAAUCGCUUCUAAUGUGCAAGUGGUUGAAGCUCGAUCUUUAGAUGAUAUUCACAUGGCUUCUGAUGAGCUUCCCGCAACACCCUCGAAUUCUGAGAAUAAAUCAGCUGAAGUUGGAGUAAAUGAAGCGAGUUCCCUUGAAACCGCCUCUAAUGAUCAAGUCAUUGAAGCUCGAUCUUUAGAUGAUAUUCACAUGGCUUCUAAUGAGCUUCUCACACCAACACCCUCAAACUCUGAGAAUAAAUCAGCUGAAGUUGGAGUAAAUGAAUCGAGUUCCCUUGAAACCGCAUCUAAUGUGCAAGUGAUUGAAGCUCGAUCUUCAGAUUAUAUUCACAUGGCUUCUGAUGAGCUUCCCACACCAACACCUUCGAACUCUGAGAACAUAUUAGCUGAAGUUGGAGUAAAUGAAUCGAGUUCCCUUGAAACCGCCUCUAAUGUUCAAGUUGUUGAAGCUCGAUCUUUGGAUGAUAUUCAUACAGCGUUGAAGCAAGUCUCGGAAAGUAGUUCUGAUGAGCUUUCAACACCCUUGCACUCUGAGAAUAAAUCAGCUGAAGUAGUGAGUUCUUCCACCGAAAUGGAACCAGACAACGUAGCAACUGGUGUCAAAGAAGGUAGCUCGAAUGCUGCUGAUGAACCGAAACAUGAAUCCUCAGUUUCUGCUGAUGAACCACCAAAUGCAAUGACGGACGAAACUAAAGAUAAGUCAAUUCCUCGUAAAGCAAAAUCUCGUUCGAGUUCCAGCUCAAGCUCGAGCUCGAGCUCAAGUGAUUCUGAGUGAGAACAAAAAUGGUUAACACUUUUGCAGCUUGGGAUUUUUCUUUUUAUUAUUUAUUUGUUAUGAGUAUCAGUUUUUGAUCUUGGUAGUGUGGUUUUCUUUGGUAUUUUUUUGAUUGGUUUCUUCAAGAAUGAGUUUUGGUUUGAUUUCUUGAAGUUUGAAAAAUUUUCCCAUCUCUUGUUUGACAAUGUGAGAGUGAGUUGUUCAGUUUUAUUGAGAAGAAAAAAAAACAUGUUUAUAGUUGUUGAUAUUGUACUUAUGUACAUUGUAAUUUAUUUAUUCCUUUGGAUGUAGAUGUUGAGAUUUUGAUCCUAUAAAUAUUUGUUUUUUCUCUUU